GAUAGAGAGUGUUUACAAUAGAGGGAGAAUGAUGGUGGAAAAUAAUCUACCUCCUUAGGUUGAUCCUAGAGGUCCUUUCUUGAUUUUUUCCAUAUUUUAACGGCUGCAUUUCUCGAAUUUUUCUACUUUUUGGCAGCAACUUUAUGUAUGUGGCCCUUGUUGUAUGGCUUUUUGGUACGGCCGCCCCCAUUUGGUUCAAACCCCUAUUUUCUUGGGAUUUUAUGCAAUUUAUCCUUUUUGGCUAGAUGGGGUUUUCUUUUGAGUUUCCCGAUUCUUCCUUUCCUUUUUGUUUGACUUCCUUUUGAUUUCUUUUUGUUUUCUCUUGAUUCUUCCUUUUCUUCUUUGUUUUCUUCUGUUUGGGGAAAAUUUCUUUGAUCUUGUGGCUUGAUCUUGGCCGGUUAUCUUGUGAUGGCCGUUAAUCUCUCUGUUUUCGGUUUUAUUCCGGCUUCUGCUAUCGGCUCCAUUCUGGUCAUUGCUUCUGGUUCUGUUCCGGUCACGGCUUCUGGCUCUGAUCCAGUCACGGCUUCUGGCUCUGAUCUGGUCACGGCUUCUGGCUCUAUUCUGGUCAUUACCUCCGGCUUUGUUCUGAUCUCUGCUUCCGGCUUUGUUCCGUCCUCUGCUUUCGGCUUUGUUCCGUCUUUUGCUUCCGGCUCUGUUCCGGUCUCUGCCUCUGGUGGCUCUUCCGUUGAUGACGCGGGUGUCCUUCCCUCUUCUUUUGAGCCGGAGUUCUUUGAUAUUUUCUGCCUUCCCCUUAAUGCGGAUGGGAAGUUUGUUGUGAAGGGUGCUUUACGCCAUGUGGAGAGGGAUCCUGUGGUUCCUUCCAUUCCCACAGAGGUUCCUUUGGUUUUGUCUUCAAAGGGUGGAAAGGUUGUUCUUCCUCUAGGGUCGACGAAGGUGUUCUGUGAUCUUGAUAAAGUGUCUUGGGUUACUAGUAGUUGUGAUGUGGAUGAGAUUAGGGAGAUUUAUAGAAAGAACUUGAUAGAUCCGCAGGUUUUCCUUCCUCAACAUCCGAUGGGCCGUGUGGCAUUUCAAUGCCUUCCUCCUGAUAUGUGUGUAUAUAAGGACCAAUUUGCAUGUGGGUUGCGUUUUCCUUUGCAUCCUUUUUUCCUUGAGAUUUGUGAUGAAUUCUCCAUUGGCCUUCCCCAAUUGGCUCCUCGUGCUAUUGCUUAUAUUGUUGCUUUUAUUGUGAGAUGUUUCCUUCUCAGGAUUACACUUACCUGUGAGCUUUUUUGUUUCUUUUUUCACUUAAAAACUGCUGAGCCCACUGGUAGUUGGUAUUAUUUUUCUCGUAGAGUAUUAGAGUUUCAAGGUGUGGAUGAUAAAAAACGUCGCCGGGGUAAUACUGUUUUUGUGGACCCUUUGCCUGGUUAUGAUUCCAAUAAUUGGCAUAAGAAGUUUUUCUUUUUGAGUGCCCCUAAGGAUGUUGAUUUUCCUUCUCUCUGGCGGGUCCCUCAUACUACUAUUGUUGAGGUUUUGCUUUCGGUAGAUGAUUAUAAGGCUGUCCAUAAGUUUGUUACUGAACCAUCUGUGAGUAUUGCAGAGUUGAUUGUUUGUGAAAAUUUGAUUGAGGCGGGUGUUUGGGUUCCUGGUUCCUGUGACUCUUACUCUGCUUUUCCUAUUCCUUUUGUUCCUUCUGGUUUUGAGGCCUCUCCGAAGCCUGAACGUUCCUUAAAACGGAAGUCUGGUGAAGGGAGUCCUAGCUCUCUUCUUGGUUCUGUUGGUGGCAUAAAUACCUUAGCUAUUUUGAGUUGUUCUGCCAAGAUUGAAAAACUUGAGAGGGUUGAUAAAGCUGUGAAGAUCGAGAAAGUAUUGGCUGAGAAAGUUGAGAAGGCUGCUAGUAAGUCUAAGGGGGCUGUUUCUCAAGGGGCGCCUUUAGCUGUGAGGAGGUCUAAGAGAUUGAAAAGUGCUUCUUUUAAAGCAGCUUCCGCGGGUGGUUCUGAUAAGGGUGUGGUGGAAGGUGGUGUUAUUGAGGUUGAUAAGGAGGUUCCUGUUUCCUUUGUUUUCCCUGAUGAUGAGUUGCAACAGUUCUCUUCAGAGGGGAGGCUCUUGAUUUCUUCUUUUAUGGAUUUUAUUGCUGGGAAGAGUUUUUCUAAACCUCUGAUGAGGUUGCCUUUGAAAGAUGUCAUCUGUCCCAGUUAUGAUGUCUGCUUAGAGGGUCCUUCCAUUAUUGGGCAUAGUUCCAUUGCCCGUGAAUCUUCUAAAUCCAUGCUGUUGGCUGGUGACAAAAAAUUGCUUUCAAAUUUUCCUUUGGAGGCCCUCCAUGACAUGGCCGUUCAACAUUCUGCUAGUAUUUGUGCUGUACUACAGCAUAUGAAGGAAAUUCUCCUAGAUAAGGAAGAUUCCUCCUAUCGUGCUGCUGCUGAUUUGUCUGAGAUGCGGGAGAGGAGUAAAGAUCUUUUGAACUUGUGCCGCCAGCUUCAUUAUGAGAAAACAACAUUGGGAGCUAAUUUUAUCGAGGUUGAGAGGUUGAAGAAAGAGCUAACUAUGCUCCAAGAAUGUUAUGAUUUGUUGAAGAAAGAGAAAGAACUUUUCUCUUCUUCUGCUGCUGUUGAAAAAGCGUCUUUGGAGUCCUCUGUUUUGGCUUUGCAACGGCAGUUGGGUGAUCUUUUUUCUACGAAUUCUGCUUUGGAGAGGUCCGCCUCGGAUCUGAAGGUGCAGCUUUCCUCCCUACAAGCUUCGUCUUCUUCCAUCGUUCAGUCUUUUAAGGAGUCUCCAGAAGGUAAAGCUUUCGCUCUUUCUAGCAGUUUGGGUUAUUUUAAUCUUGCUGUCAAGCUUAUCAAGAUGCUGCUUCCUCGUCGUGGGCUGAUUGUGUCUGAUCGUCUUGCUGAGUUUGAGGAUAUGGACGUUGUUGCCUUGAUUCAUGCUGAUCCAAAUUUGAAGAGAACUUAUGAUCGGGGUCCUAGUGCUGUUUUUCUGGAUGAUUCUCCUAGGGGUAGCUCUGUUGAUGCGGAGGUUUCACAGGGUGCCUCCCCUUCUCCGCCUAUGUAGCGAGCCCGAGAGCUGUGGAUAUUAUACCUUUCUUUUUGUUUGUGGACUUGGUUUUCGUCUUGCCUUGUUUUGUGCUUUUUAUCAAGACUAUAUAUACAUGGAAAAUAUGUUUUCUUAUUUUCUGAGAUUUGUCUUAUCCUUUGUGGUGCAUCUUGCGUGGCUUUUAUUUGGGUAUUUAUGUAUACCCAAGUUUGCGUAACUUUUGUUUGGAUAUUUGUGUACAUCCAUACUUGCUCGCAGCUUUAUUUUUGCUUGCGUAACUUUUGCUUGGAUAUUUAUGUACAUCCAAACUUGCUCGCAGCUUUAUUGUUUGUUUGUGUAACUUCUGCUUGGAUAUUUAAUGUACACCCAAACUUGCUCAUACCUUCUUUUUCGCUUGCGUAACUUUUGCUUGGAUAUUUAUGUACGUCCAAACUUGCUCACAACUUUAUUGCUUGUCUGUGUAACUUCUGCUUGGGUAUUUAAUGUACACCCAAACUUGCUCACAACUUCUUUUUCACUUGCAUAACUUUUGCUUGGAUAUUUAUGUACAUCCAAACUUGCUCGCAACUUUAUUUUUGCCUGCGUAACUUUUGCUUGGAUAUUUAUGUACAUCCAAACUUGUUCGCAGCUUUAUUGUUUGUCUAAGCACAUUUUUGUUUUAUCUGGCUUUUGCUAAAUUUAUCAUUUUAUUCAGAUGAAAGUCGCAAUAUUGAUGGGGAGUGUUUUACAAGAUUACUUUCCUUUGCUUACUGGUGGUAUUUUUUAAGGUGCGCAGCAUUCCAGGUCAGUGGGAUUAUUGCUCCAUUGGAGUGUAUCAGCUUGAAGGCUCUGUUGCCUAAAUCUUCCUUAAUGAGGUAUGGUCCUUCCCAACUUAAGCGUAGCUUUCCUUCUCGGGGAUUUCUUUUUGAGACCUUUGCUCUUCUUAGUACCCAAUCUCCUUUGCAUAGGUUUUUGGGUUUUACCUUGCGGUUGUAAUAUUUUUCU